GGCCCGAGUGAAUGGUAGAGUGCACUUUGCGACUCUCAGACUCGACUUCCCCGAAAAACGGAGCAUUCAAAAUAGCACAAGAGAGAUGAUCAUCAUUGGACGCCGAUGAUGAUGACGACAACGACGACAACGACGACGACGACGACGACGACGACGACUGCGACUGCUCUGCUAAUGAAGAUGAUGUAAACGAAGCCAAGCAGCACACUCUCCUCUUUCUUUCCACUUUUGUGCACCGAAACGAAAGCGAAAUUUGAAAGCAAAAGAAAUCGAAACAAAUACCACCACUGCCACAUAAUAUUUCUCUGAAUUGAAAUCGAAACUGCAUUCUUUACACACACACAUAUACAUAUACACAUAUCUGGGCAAUCGCCAAACGAAUCGAAAUAUGAGAUUGUCGCGGUGCUUAUCGGUCAGUGGAGACCGCCUGCUACUCCUGCUGGCGGCAACACUAGCCAUCGCCCUGGUGCAAGCGGAGCGGGACUUUAACGUAAACGACUCUCAGGUGCCUGUCAUUGAGCCAAAGGAUGUGCCCGCCUACAAGCAGGAUCCCUAUGUGACAGAGCUGAUGGGAUGCCAGAACCAGCAGAACGAGAUUGAGCUCUCGCUGCUGUUGAAGAAGCACGACUGGAGCGAGUUGACGGCCACCAAGCGAGCCCAUGUUCAGGCGAAGCUGGCCAAGUUCUUUGCCAGUUUCAUGAUCGGCUGUGGUCCAAGCUACUUUGUCAUGGGUGAACCGAUAGCCAAGCAGAUUGCCCACCAGGUCAAGGAUGGCACUAUUGGUGCUCUAACGGAGGAGAACUUUGGUCUGUGGUUUAUUUGGCGCAAGGAAUUAAAAUCCAGAUCCCAUCGCCGGCGACGUCAAUCGGAGGGUUCUGGAGCCGACGAUGAUGACUACGAGUAUGAAGAUGAGGGAGAGGAUGCUAUUGAGCCAAGCACGGAAGUUCCCGCGGUGACUACGCAUGCGCAUCGUCAUCAUCAUGGAGUGUCGGAGGGGGAUUCUGCCUCUGCGUCUGCCACGCCCUCGGUGGCCAGUGUGGAGGAGGAGAUCGAGGAGAGCGUCUCCAAGCUGGAGUCCGUGAUAAGCAAGACUAUUGAGAAUACGAAGAACAUCAAGGAGCUGGUCCCAGUGCUCGGGCCAUCGUCCGUCGAUGAGGGUGGUGCUGGUGCUGACGAUGAUGAUGAUGUAGAGGAUGUGGAACUCCAGCAAUUGCGCGCCGCUGCAGGGAAAUUCCAGGAAAAUGAUGUGGACACCACCACAGCGGCUGCCGCAACAGCCACAACUGGGAUGCCUGGCUCUGCCACGGACAUGGUAAAGUCCAGUUACAUGGAGGAGGAAGCAGGGAAUCAGGUGGAUGCCGUUGCCGUCGUAGAUGUGGAUACUGUUGCCACAUUCAGCACCGCUGAUAACACCACACCCCCACCCAUAUCGCCCCCCACCCCACCACAGCACAGCAGCAGCAGCAGCAGCAGCAAUAGCAAGCAGAAGCCAUUCUCACCCUAUGAUGCCACCUCCUCAGUGUCAGUGUCCUCCUCCUCUGUUGUGCCAUCAAUCGAAGCUGUUGAAACGUCUUCGUUGCCAUCCAUGUCCACCUCUACAUCGGCCACAGGGACCUGCUCAACCUCAUCCUCACCCUCAAACUCAUCCCCAUCCUCUCACAUUGUUGCCAUCACAGACAUUGUAUUAGACAACAACAACCAUAAAAACAACAACAAUACUCUAACAACUUCAUCAUCAUCUGCAUCAUCAUCAUCUGCAACAACAACAACUACAACAAUCACACCAACAGCAACAAUGUCAACUACAACAAUAGCAACAACAACACUGUCUGAAAUGUCGCCAAAGGAAGGAGAAGCCGAUGCCAUCAGCACCCCCAACAAUAACAGCAGCGGCAGUGGAAGUGGCAAUAAUGAGCAGCUGUUCCCUGGCUCUUCAGUGCCCCCCUCCACGGUGGCCACGAAAACACCUGCCACGCCCGAGGCGACCAGCACCGUCAGUACAUUUUCCUCGACGGAUUAUGUGGAGCCGCAGCCGGAGAACAGUGUCCCGAUUAUCAAAACGCGCCUGCAGAAACUGGCGGUGACCUCGGGCAAGGCUUUCACCAUGAUUGUGCCCGAGGAUACCUUCUGGGAUGCCGAAGAUCAGGGCAACCUGCGUCUAGAGCUCACCGACAAGGAUGGCCACGAGCUGAAAUCCAACUCCUGGCUGCAGUUCAAUGCCGAUAAGCGGGAAUUGUACGGACUACCUUUGGACGACACCGUGUCGCGUUGGCAGUAUCGUCUCUCUGCCACAGACUCGGGCAACGCCACCGUCACGGAGACGGUGGAGAUUAGCGUGCAACAGCACCGAGCGGUGCGGACCAUCACCCACGAGAUCAGCAUUCUCGUGAAGAUCAACGAGAAGCACGGCCACAACAUCGACUGGCAACUGAAGCUGAUCAAUGACUUGGCUCGAACACUGGAUGAUGACAGCAGCUCGGCAGUGGUAGUGCGCGAGAUCUGUCAGACCCCACAGGACCCACACAGCGCCAUCUUCGUGUACUUCAACGAGACUCUGCCGACCAGCGACUGCCCCGAGAAGGAGCUGAGCGACCUUGUUAGCCGCCUGGAUGCCCAGCGUCUGAGCGAUCUGGUGCAGCCGCUGCUGGGCAUCAAGUCGAUCACUGGCCAGCUCUUGGAUCGUGCCAGAAGGACCUAACGAAGGUGAAGCCCACUAUGCAGA